AUGAUAUUAGACGAUUUUUGGGAUAUGCCUCCUGUUAAACGCGGGAGACGGGGAGUCAGCGACGCUGAUGAUGAGGACGAUGAUUACAGAAAGAAGCGAGAUCGAAAUAAUGAGGCAGUGAAAAAAAGUAGAUACAAGUCAAAACAGAGAACACAAGAAACAGUUGUGAGAGUCAACAAACUGAAGGCUGAAAAUCAAAUGCUAGAAGAGAAAGUUAAAACGCUAACAAAAGAUCUCAAGUUCCUUAAAGACCUGUUCAUGGAAUACGCUUCUAAUUCACAGAACCCAAAAUUUGAGGGCUUCGACCUCGAGAAGCUGCUAGAAGAUGAACAAGAAGAUAAGAAAGAUAAAGAUAGUAAAUAA